CGGUCACAUGACAAACACGGAAGUAUCCGCGGACAACACACUCAUAUGGACACUCAUCAUCGCUUCUAGUGGUGCAUCAAAGUGCAUUAAAGAAGCUCCGUGUCGCCCAAACGUCGCGGAGGAAACAUGGUCCACAGCUUCCUGAUCCACACGGUCUGCCCGGUGAGCGCCCUGAGCGCCGCCGAGAGCCGGGUGCUGUACUCCCGGGUGUUUGGAGCCGGCGAGGGCCUGGAGCUCCGGCCGGACGAGCGGCGCCUCCUGCACACGGAGAAGCUGCUAGCGGUGGCGAGGCAGGUCCGGAGUGCGGUUGCCCUGUCCCGGGACGCCUCAGGGAGGGUGCUGGUGGAGACGGUCCCGGGCGAGGAGGUGGUGGCCCUGCAGGAGGCCGACAGCGGCGUCCUGCGGCUCCGAGCCGGAGAGCCCUUCCCCGGGGAGAUGAGCGUGCUGUGGCUGGGCGUCCAGAGCCUGGGCUUCACGCUGGUGUGUGAGCCGCACGAAAACCUUCUGCUGGCCGAGGGGACCCUGCGCAACCUGACCCGCCACUGCCUGGAGCACCUGCACAUGCUGGGGCCCGGGAGCGAGGUGCUACUGAGGAGCGACCGCAUCGAUGUUCUGCUCAGCCGCCUGCUUCCUCACGGGCAGCUCCUCUUCCUCAACCACCGCUUCGCCCAGAGCCUGGAAAAGGAAGUGGCAGCCUACAUGGCCAAGUGACUCCCGCUGUAAGAUAGCCGCCACGUUGGAGUUCCCUCUUUUAAAACCUCUGUGUGUGUGCGCCGAGAGCGGCCGCAUCGCCGAGCUGCCGCCCGAUGUCCGAUUUUAAGGCGGAUCAUCGUAGCCCCGAGGCGUAAUUGGUGCCGAAAGGUUCAGCCGGCACCAACCUUUCUGCUCCAAACAAGCCGAGCCAACCGGGUGACUGUGGGUAACCUUUGCUGACAUUUCUCUGAUUGCAGAAGAAGAAUGCACUCCUGGCAGCUGCCGUUUCAAGUUCUGUGUGUGUGUGUGUGUGUGUGUGUGUGGUAAACAUCUCAGCCGGCGGUUUGAGCUUGCCGGCACGCGUGGGACGCCCCGGCUCACAUCCACUUCGUCAAAACGGACUGCAGAAAGUGGAAUUUGAUAGAUGAAUGUGUGCAGUUGAAGAGGCCAGCAAAACCCUUUAUCUCAGCAUAAAAUAUCGCUAUUUAUCAAAUUCACCGUGGUGCUUGAAAGAUUAAUAUGGAGUCUGACCUUGGGAAAGCAGGCUUGACUCUUUUUUUUGGUCGAGUGUCUAAAAAGUCCUAUUAAAUCUCUUUUUUUGGAUCUCUCUUAGCGGCUGCCAAGGCAUCUCCGGUAUUCUUGGAGUAUGAAUGAAGUGUAGUGUACAUUACUGCCUUAACUGUGCCUUUUAAUAACUCUCCGCAGUGCAUAAAUAGAAGGAAUGGCAGGGGGCAAAAAAAAAAAAAUACAGAAUUUUGGCUUUGACACAUGAGCGGUUAAGUUUGCAUCAUAUCAGAAUAACAAGCUGCAGGAGUCAAGUAAAAUAAGAAACGACUGGAGUCACUUUUGGACAGAAAUGUCAUGGUUC